GGCUUCUCUCUGACUAUUCGGUUUUCUUGCGUAUUCUUUUUGAGCUCUGUCCCGUUAUUAGACCCGUGCAUACUCUUGUUUGUUGGCUGUGUUAGACUACCAUGUGGAGAUGCUAGCCGUCUCUCCGAGUCCAUCUUUCUAUUCCCUAGAUGUUCUAUAGAAUGGCCUUCAAGCCUCUGCUUCAUCAGCUGUUAAUAUGGAUCUCGAUAUCGACCGCCCACGGAUACAUGGCCCACCUUGUUAGCCAAGUCAGCGCCUUUAUACCCGACUGUGCUCAGGACUGCGUCGAAUCGUUCAUAGAACUCAAUUUCUUGUCGACGGCUUGCGGGGCGUCUCCUUCUUUACAAUGUCUGUGCUCGCAACACACACAAACUGGGUUUACGAUAGGGGAGGGCGCUGUUCAGUGUAUCGUCGCCUCGGAUCAGCUUGGGUAUUGCCGCACCGGUGAAGUCGACGCCACGGUCGUCUCCAAAGCCUAUAAGAUGUGUUCAGGUCAAGUGAGCGCACUGCCCAAUACCCAUCCAACACUAUCGGCCACCCUGGUGGUUCCGACUUCUGGGACGGGAAUCAUCAUCAUUGAAACUCCAACUUCAACCAGGACUUUGGUUUCGGCCACGCAGAGCAUGUCGAACUCGGUAUCCCGGACAUACUCAGCCAGUCCAGUGAGUACUGCUAUAGUACCAACAACAUUUACGACUUCGAGGAUAACGUCAACACAAUCCGCACCGCCCUCGCCAUCCUCGUCGUCGACAACCGCUGCUGCAACUGCAACGACAGAUCCUCAGCCCACCGGAGCAUCAGCGCCAGCCCCUGCUAAGCUUGCAACAGCUCAGAUCGUGGGAAUCUCAGUGGGCGUGGCUGGAGCCAUUGGCCUGGCUUUGUUGGCAAUAUUCCUAGCCCGACGUGUGAGGAGGCGUCAGUACCCCGAGUUCUACGAUGAUGGAUUCUUCCCAAUGGAUGAGAAGAGAAACAGUAGUUCCUUGGGAGGUGUCGAGGCAGCAGCCCAACGCCUCUCGAGGAUCUUCCACAUAUCACCUCCGAUCUUGAGAAAUCAACAGUGGCAAGAUACCCCACCCCCGCCACCUUCUGGGAGCGCUGGUGUCGACCGUAGCACCAUCGGUCUCGCUAUAUCUCGCCCCCGAAGCGAUAUCGCCCCGGUGCAGACACCACCCCCGGUAGCCCAAAGACGAUUGUCGAAACUCCUUCCACCCAAGCCGGUAAGGGCAGUGAAGCCCUCACUGACAUUGUCCAUUCCGAUAAAGUCCACUUUGCGCCCUCAGUCUUCGCAGCCGCCACAGACAGACAGGACAAGUACGAUGACCAACAUAACGGCCUUCGCGGAUCUGGACACGGAAGCGGCAGAAGGAAUGCAAAUUUGGCGCCCACCCCCAUCGGAUCCUCAGUCAGCAACGACUUAUUAUGUGGCCGACAGGUGGGGCAACUGGGUUCUAAGUAACGACUAUCGCCAGUCACAACUUGCUCAGGUUGCCGAGGCGGCCGAGCUGGAUACGUACACACCACUGACCAAGUCGCCGAUCGAAAAGAAGGAAGAGGCUGCUGCCAUGGCGGCAGCGAUAUCUGCAGCAUCCGCCAGGCCGGAUGUUUCUAGGCCAAAACCUGCGAUGAUGCCGAGGAAUGUUGCCGACUCCAGUAUGUCUCGUACUUCGAGCCUGUACUCGCAGGCCAGUGCUGUGCGUCCAGGAGUGAAGCCACUCGCUGCACUGGCUAGUCGCAGUAACAGCGCUGGACGGAGGAAGGGCCGUUCGGAUUCGAACGUUUCGCAGGACUCGGCAACUACCAUCGCCACGUCGUCUACCAGCGCAUACGAUGAGGACGAAUAUGUCGGUGGCGAGGCGGAGCGUGGUCGUCUAUCCCAGGCCGCAUUGUCUCCUGUCGUGGAAUCUCCACGGACCCCAACCGGGCGUUCCCCCGUCAAAUAUCCCAAGAUCCCGGGUCGUUUAGACGGUGCAACACUGCGUAUCGUACCACCCCCGAAACGCCCGGAUUUCACGGCAUCACCACCCGGCCAACCUAGUCCGACGCUAGGUGCUGUCCAGCCCGUGAGAGGUUCGCCGUCGGCUUACCCUCCGCCGCUCAACCCGAGACGUUACUCAAAUCUAAGCACCAUGGAUAACAUGAAUAGGCCCAAGCCACCCGUUCAGACUUCGGGUUCCGGUUUCUCUCCCCAACCUCCAUCCAGACCUACUUUGCUGAAGGACAUGCCUGCCUUCCCUAUACCCCCACUGAACCCUCCCAAAGGCAGAACAUCCCGAGACCUAUCCAGAAAUCCACCUAGACUCGACACACGGCAGGUACCGCGCCCGCACAUCGCCUCUUUCGCAUCGCCUACCAGCGCCGCAACCACGAGCUCCGUGGCCAGCUCCCUCCUGGCCAAACGCAGGGGCAGCCAGAAAGCCGUGGCCAUGUCGCUCGAGAAUAGCCAGAAGGGCCAGCAGUGGAUGCGGCAAGGCGGUCGUGGCGCCGACGGACUCCUGAGUCCCGACGCCGCUGCCAUGAUGUCGCCACGAAUGAUUGGGGGUCUGCCCGCUACACCGAUAUGGCAGCCCAAAUUGACGCCUACGCGGAGGGGUGACGAUUUGUUUUUGAAUGUCCAAUAGAGCUUUGCAAAGCUUCGAGACAGACCCGAUAGUCUGAUCGUAUCAUUCCCUAUGUUUCAAGUCCUUCUCGCGCCAAGAAUUGUCGCUACGGCAGCGUUGCACGAUGGAGA